CAGCAGUAUACUUUCAUACCGGUCCGGUGGUGAACGCGCAGUAUCCGCACGAUCGCCGACACUGCCGCCGUUGCCGCACGCGCAGCCUCGUUGUCAAUACUUCGUUCUUAUCAGUUUCCACUUGCGAUUGAGUAAAAGUAAAUACGAAAAGACAGUGCAAGCUUCUUAGUGGUGUUAAGUAAUUGUUUGUCCUGGAAAGAUUUGUUUGUAAAGAUAUUCCAUACACGGGCAAUCAAAAUGAAAGUGUGCACAUGAACAUUUCGGAUUAUUACAGUUUCUAACGACUUUUUAGUAGUGUCAAUGAUGACGGUGCUUAAAAAGAUGCGUUCACUUAACAAGUCAAUGUUGUUCGCAAUAGUUUUAGUGCUAGUGAGUGUGGCAGAAGGGAAUGUGAACUCUUCAGAAGUGUCGGAGAUGUCUGUCCCAAUGUCCCGUAUGUCAUGGUUACGGAGCCUGCUUGAUCAUCACGAUUGGGGCGACUUCAUCAAUAAUAAUACAGCCCUGCCACAACAGUGCGCUGUGGACCUAAGGCUUUACCUCGAAUCUCUCAAUGAAGGAAAAUUGUGGGCUUCAAAGAUGUACGACGCGUCUGGCCAGUACACAGCGAACGUACUGUUCGGCAGCGAGUACUGGUUAGGUUCGCUGAAUGCCUGUCUCGACCUGCAGCUCAAGCAGUACUAUGCGCACACACCGCCCUUCCCCGCCACCUUUUACAUAGCCAAGAUUAAUCUUACGCUCGACACUGAUCAUCUGCCUCAAAGCAGAGUGAUGUUGGUAGGGCAAUGUAUACCAUCGUCGUGCGGAUCGGGUAGCCUGGAGGCACUCCUUGCAGCUGCGGAAAGGACUGCAGCUUCCCGUGCUUCGGCCGCGGGCCUCACAGCUUCCAUACAAACUGUCUCCAUUCGCCCUGUACCCGGGCGCUAUGAUAUAUUAUCUGAUCCCAAAUUACAUAUUCUUGGGUCGGCUGUACUGCUCGUGUCAAUUUUGAUGAUAGCAGCCUCUAUCUAUGAAGGAUAUUUGGAGCGUCGCUGCCGCCUGAGCUCGGCAUCGAGAGACCUCGAGCUGGCGCACCAUGACGACCAGAAAUCUCACAAUAACAAUGUGCCCGAAGUCGAUGGGAAGGCGUCCCAUAAAGACAAAGACCUGCGUCGGGAGACCCGCGGUAUGUGGUCAGAGAUGCUGUUAUCGUUCUCGUUUCUUUCAAACGGUCGAACAAUUUUAAGCACUGACCGACCUAGUGACGGCGCGCUCACUUGCCUGCAUGGGAUAAGGUUUCUCUCAGUGAUUUGGGUGAUCAUGGUGCACACGUACCUGACCGUGUUCUUCGUUGCGGACAACAAAACUAUGAGGGUGGUCACUGAGCGAUACUUCCUGUACCAGUCCGUCGGCAACGCGUCUUACUGUGUUGAUAGUUUCUUCUUCAUUAGCGGCUUGCUUGUGACAGUCCUUUUCCUUAGAACGGAGGACAAAAAAAAGACAAACAAAAACAAUAAAACACCCCCGACUGAUAAGCAGGACAUAAACAAAAACAUCAACGGUUACACAAAUUCCGCUCUUUCGGUGUCCGUGAUAAGUCAGCAGUCGUUUUGCGAGGAUUUGAUUGACAAGCCCCGACCGAAAAUCUACAGCAUGGGAGAAUUCUUUGCCAUGAUUAAAUCACUUAGCGUUUUGUUUCUGUACCGAGUGGUGAGAUUAACCCCUGCAUAUGCUUUCGUCAUCGGUCUGAAUGAAGUCGCGUUGAGAUAUACACAUUAUCACUCGGUGUUCGAUUCUGCGGUAGCGGAUCACGUCACCUGCGACCUCUACUGGUGGCGCAAUUUGCUCUACAUCAACAAUUUAUAUUCUCAGCAAGAGAUGUGCAUGGUGUGGUCAUGGUAUAUGGCUAACGACACCCAAUUUUAUUUCAUCGGUAUAUUACUCCUACUGAUUUCUGUGAAGCAUCCUAAGUCUUCAUGGGUUUUGCUCGGCCUUAUAAUGGUCAGUUCUUGGGUGACCACUAUCUAUAUCUCAGUAUGGCAUCAAUAUAAGGCCCGGAUUCAAGAACCAUUCGAGAUGUUUGAUCCGCUUUACGACAAGCCAUGGUCAAGAAUCGGGCCGUAUUUAGUAGGAAUGAUAAUCGGUUGGUACCUGCACAAAACGAAGUGCCAAAUACGGAUGCCGUAUUGGCUGGUGGCGGCAGGGUGGGUUUGCUCACUGGCUAUCUUCGGUAGCCUGAUCUUCGGGAUGGUGGACGGCUACUUCGAAGUCUGGCCUACUGCAUUCUACGUUAGCAUGGGACAUACAGGCUGGGGUGUGGCACUAGCAUGGGUGACAGUUGCGUGCUGCUGUGGCUACGGCGGAUUGGUGAAUUCGGCGCUGUCGUACCGGGGGCUGUUGCCGCUCAGCAGGCUCACCUACUGUGCCUACCUCGUACACCCUACCAUCAUGAUGUAUACCGUCGCACUGCUCGACGGCCCACUACACAUGCAGAACUCCAUGGUGUUAACAAUCUACGCGGGAUACGCGGUGAUGGCGUUCUUGGCUUCGUUUGCCAUUUCACUCGCGUUCGAGGCGCCCGCCGUCAAGCUAAUCAAGGUCAUCAGUGGCGGCAGCAACAGCAAAAAGAGACAAUAAUUUAUUGCGUAAUUAAGAGAAACGACCUCACAGGGUAAGGGGCAUAACCCCUUCCACACAAACUCACAAUCAGUACGAACCCCUACCAAAUGCUAGUUAACUGUUAACAAUUCGCAUCUUAUGGCAAUUAGUACCUCAAUUAAGAUUCGAUACUAGGUGAACUUGUGUCAUUGUCGAAUGGAGAGCUGCAGGCUGAGGCCGAGCAGCCACUUUGCGCGGUCGAUAUCGCUGCGAGUAGGUAUUUUUGUUCGACAGAAACGGUUGAUGUAAUGAAAAUAGCAAAGUGUAUAUUAUAACCAUGUUAGUUUUAACCCAAUUGCAUAGUACCAACAUUACAAAUACGGGAUAAACGCGAUGAAAGAAUUUAAUAGGCAUUUGCACACCUACCUUUUAUCCCAGUAAUGUUAGUAUAAUGCAAAACGAAAGUUUAAAAACGUAUAUAUUACCAAUUGUGUAGCAUAGUGCGAACCUAUACGGCCAAAAAAUUGUGGUGUCAAAACCUAUAAAAUAGUUAUUUAUUGUCACUAAUUGGAUUUUAUGAUUCGGAAAUUCGGAUGUACUUUUCUAUAGUAACUUUAGUUGAUAUCUAAACGUAAUUGGGUCAGGUUGGUGGAUCGUUACUAUUGAGAGGCAAUGUGUUUUGGCCAUAUAAGUGUGUUGCGCACUGUUUUGCUUAGCAUAUAAUAGCGAAUUUAGUGAUAGGCCUACUUAACCUUCGGAUAUCAUUUAGCCAAAUUAAGUUAUCGCCACGCCUAAGGUUCUACCAUAAUGUAAAUUACAUAACGUCGCCUUACUUUGUCAAACUCGUAUAUCUUAAAGCACAAACCCCUACAACCCUUCCUGUGCCACCGCUACAUGCCCCCUUAAACCUUCAGUACAAGUGGCGGGUCACAUUCUAAAUCAGUUACUGCUUCGUCGUACUCUAUCUUCAGAGUGUCUAGACAGCAAAUUAUGUAUCUAAGUUAGUAAUAAACAUUGUAUAAACUUACUAACUGUAGUG